AUGGUGGCUCAAGCCAUUGUGGGUAUUAAUAGUGGAACUAAUAAGGUGCAAGUGUUGUUGGCUUGGGUCCCUCCUGAAAUUGGUGUGGUCAAGUUAAAUGUAGAUGGGUCUCGCAAGGGCAGUACUGGAGCCAUUGGUGCUGGAGAGGUCCUAAGAGAUCAUUUGGGUCAAUGGGUUGGUGGCUUUGCUGUCAAUUUAGGCCAGGGAGAAGUGCUUGAAGCUGAGUUAUGGGGUCUGUUUUUUGGGUUGAAUUUGGAUGUUGAGAAAAAAAGUAGAUGA